GGUCAAGGAGUGCCAGAAAAAUAUAUUGACUGUUUAUUAAAAAUAGUGAACGUAAUCAUUAAUCUCAGUGAGAUAAUCGUCAUUAUCUGUAUUUUACUUUGUGAUAAGCAUAAUCGUGCGGUAGUUAUGGUGAUGUUUGAGGUAAAGAUACCGCUUUAAUCAUAACUGACGUAGGGCCUACUGCUACACAAUACACAUGACAUGUAAAUGACGUAAAAUGAAAAAGACAAAAAGUAAAAAAGAAGGUAAAGUGACACCAGAUGCAACAAACAAAGAAAAAGAUUUAGUAAAGAAAUUACCUGAAAGUGAAAGUAGAUUUUCAAAUGACUCAAGAGCUGUAUCAGAGUCUGGUAGUUUAUUUGAUUUAAGAAGUACGAUAUCUGAAGACAUGCAGCUACACCUAUCAUUAUGUGGCUGUGGAUUUCUGGGAAUUUAUCAUCUUGGCGUGGCUACUUGCUUAGUCAAACAUGGCCAGGGUUUUUUGUCAGGUGUUGAAAAAUAUGCUGGAGCCUCGGCAGGAUCACUGAUAUCAGCUAUGUUGCUUAUAGAUCAAGAUAAAAUAGAUGACUGCACAACAUUUACCUUUAAUCUGGCGAAAAAAAUCCGCUCCAAACCUUUUGGAGCCCUCACUCCACGUUUCAACCUCUUAAAACCAGUUCGGGAAUUUCUAGAAGAAGCUUUACCAGUUAAUGCCCAUGAGAAAGCGACAGGAAGAUUAUUUUUAUCAUUAACUAAUACACGUAGUAAGAAGAAUGAAGUGAUGUGUGAAUUUGAUACAAGAGAAGAGUUGAUACAGGCAUUAAUAGCUAGUAGUUAUAUACCAUUUUAUGCUGGAACUAAACCACCUACAAUAAGAGGUCAUAAAUUCAUGGAUGGAGGCAUGACCAACAAUCUUCCAGACUUCCCUUAUGGGAGAACAAUUUCCGUUUCUCCAUUUUGCGGAAGUCAAGAUAUAUGCCCACAGGAUAAGAAAGGAAAAUCAUGGUUCAUCAGCCAGGGCAACCAAGACUACCAAGUCAACUGGAGCAAUAUAUUACGAGGAUCACAUGCUUUUUUCCCCCCUUCAAGGAGAAUUUUGCAGGAAUAUUUCGAUAAAGGUGAACGAGAUGCAGGCAGGUUUUUAAGGAAAGAAGGCUGGUAUGAGACUAAGGUCCCUAAACCUGUUAAAAAAGAAUACAUGACAUUGUAUGAAUCUGCUGUUUAAUAAUGAUAAUAUACAGUACUCAGAUAACUAACAAUAUGAUCUAGUUCAUAAAAAUUAUGUACUAUAAACAUGGAUCAAAUAAUUUUUUUGCUUCCUUUCUUAAUCAUACUAUUUUCUCCUGCUAACAAAAUUUGAGUUAACUUUGUCUUAAUAUUAUUUUGCAAUGUGCAAUGGUUAAAGGAGAUGGUCUACUUACUUUUAUAUUCUAACAAUAGAUAAUUGAUUACUGUUGACAUUUAUAACAUGUAUGAUCAUACAAUGGAUCAGGAAAUGACCAUGUUGGAUGAAAUUAAAAAAUAUAAUUCACCAAAUCGAUGCAGAAUUGUUCAAAGAACAAGCAUGCCAAUUUUCAUGUUGAUUGGACUUGAAUUGACAAAGCCUUAGGCUUUUCCGAAGAGUGUCACCCCAAGAACAACAAAAGCAAGAAGAACAAGAUGAGUAGUGGUUAGCAACCAAUUCUUUGUCCCAAAAAACUUUCUAGUUAAACUUGUACUGGUUAGGAGUUUAUCCGAGUAUUUGCCAUCAAUAUAAUAAUAAUAAUAAUAAUGUACAUUUAUAUAGCGCUUAAUCCAUCCAUGAGCAUGCUCUAAGCGCUGUAAGUUAAUAGCUUCUGUGGAUAAUACAUCGUGAACAUAUGCGUCUUAAGUCUAGAUCGAAAUUGAGCAACUGUUUCUGAACACUUUAUUUUGUCAGGUAAGUCAUUCCAUAGUCGUGGACCAUAUACACUGAAGGCUUUAUCACCAAAAGAUUUUAAUUUAGUUGAAGGUACAACAAGUGAUAGAUUAUUCUGUGAACGGAGUGGUCGGUUUGGUACAUAAGGCUGCAUAAGAUCUGUGAUAUAGGAUGGAGCUGAAAUAUCUAUCUAUUGUUAUUAGAGUAGAAAAACAGAUGGAUCAUCUCCUUUAAUGUAGGUUAAUCCUAGUAGAAUAGAAAAUCUGUAUUUGUAUAUAAAUUAGAAAAAUUAUGUAUAUCAUAUUUUUAACUUAUCAUCAUGUUUAGUAACAAGAGAAGAUUCCGAGUUAUCUGCUCCUGUUUAAAAUCUCAGUUCAGUAGGCUACCUUUUUCAAUUACAGAUUUUAAGGUAUUAUCAGUGCAGUCAGUGGAGAUAGGUAGGAUGUAAAGCCUAUUUCAUUUCAUUUUCUGUCUGCUGUCCUUCAGUUUGGUCAUACAAAAUAAUCGGUCUAAUAGGACUGGUGAAAAAUGCACCUGCAUUUAAAACAUGAUUGAUGUUUAAGAUUUACAAAUUUAAAAGUUAACAUUUAGUAGUAAAAGUUAAGUCAAGACAUUGAUUGUAAAAUGAUGAGGGUGGUGUAUUGAUUUUAGAAUUAAAGAAAUUACAGAUGACAUAUAAAUGUAAAUAAUGAAUUUUGACUUUCUUUGUGAUGUUCAGCUCUGUAAAUUUAUAAUUAUUCCAGUUAAUAUCAUUGAAAUCAGAUGGUUUUUAUGACAGUGUUCAGUAUGAUCUGUAAAUCUUAUUUACAGGUAUUUCAGAAAUAUUGAUUUGACAUUAAUCAUUUGGAACAUUCAUUACACUUUAUAGAUUUCCUUGGCAGUGUUCUCUAAAAUUAUAGUUAUUCCAUUUAACGCCUUGUGAUAGAAUGUCUUUUUGACAGUAUGUUCUGUGAUCAAAUGGUUUUUGACAGUAUGAUCUGUGAUCAGAUGGCUUAUUAACAGUGUUCAACUGUUCAGGAUGAUUUGUCAGUAUACAUUAAAAAGAAAAAGUAGGCUGCCCCACACAGCUACAAAUGAGCUCUAAGUUGAAUAUAAUUCAAUAAGUGGCAAGCUCUCAAGGCACACAUUUAUUAGUGUUAGCUAGUAUUCACCUGUAUUCUCUAUACAGGUAUGCAAUAAUAUUUCGGUUGUCAGUUGUUGUGAGAACCUUAGAAAUUAUGCCUAUUUUUUUUUUUAAAUUUACUAUUGAUUGGUUUAGCAGAAUUUAUCUAUACAAAUAGCACACUUUUAUAAGAUUAUUAAAAUAUUUUAGAUAGUGUGACCAAUUUCAAACAAAGAGCAAGUAACAGAUGUAGCUCUGGAAAAUAGCCGUGUGGAGGAGUCAGUAAGGCAUUAUUAUCAAUAUAUUUAAGGUUUUAUUUCUAUCGUGGUUGAUCCUUAAGCUACUAGAGGUUAUGUAAAUGAUUAUGAGAUGUAAUAUGAUGCCUUUUUGGUUCUGUUCAAGUUUUUACGCUUCUGUCAAGAAUUUCAUGUUUUACAGCCUAUCUGUCAAACUGAUCUGUAGCAACUGUUUGCAUGGUCGCUACGGUCACUUAGAGGGGUCUGUGUUAUUAAUAUUUUAUUUGCUGAAGAUAAAAUUCUGAAACUAUUUUUUGAGUUAUUGGGACUAUAUAGCACAGUUGAUGCUUACAGUUAGCCCCUGGAGCCAUUCACCUGAUUUGAUAUAUACAUUUGUUGUUCAUGGUUUGAAAUGUCUGUGUAUAUUGAGUGUCCUCCACAAGUGUAUCUUGUUUAAUUGUUAAUGUUUGUUGUGGUCUUCCUGCACUUACUAUAAAAAAAUAAAGAAGACAUAUAUCUCAAUUUCUAUUCACUCAAGCAUAAAAUAAGUAAAAAGUGACAAAUUGAUAACUAAUUGAAGAUCUUAUUUUUGUGGAAAUGAUAAAAAGAUUGAAAAGUUUUUUAUUUUAGCAUUUACUUUUAGGUGUGUAUAUAAAGGUUGUCCGUGUAAAUGAUAUAAUAUUUUAAUAUUGUCUCAUUAAGAAUCGCACAGAACAGUGUAAAAAAAUAAGCUUGGAGUGAACCCAAAAUGAAGUGUUAAUGUGUAUAACUUUUUACUUGAAUAUUUGUUGUUUUUUUAAAUAUCUUGGAAGAUGCACUUAUCUAAGACUAAAGUGAGGAUAGAUAUAUGCCCUGAAUGGCCGCCAUAUUAAAAAAAUUAGUAACCUAUUCUGUUAUGUGGUUCAAAUCCGUUUUACAUAUUUCAUGCACAAAAAGACUUAAUGGAAGCAGGAUAAAUACUUCUCAAUAUUCUCUAGGUAUACAUAUUGUCUUUGAUUAAAACCAUCAAUGUGUAAAUUAUAAUGUUGGUCAGUUAGUUUCUCAAGAGAAGUUAAUUGUAAACAGGUGGUGUCACUUUCAUACAUAAAGUGAUAAAAGUAAUCAUUAAUCAUAAUCAUAGUUUUUUGUGGUAAUCAUAAUAUACUUUCAAUCAGUAAUGAACACAUGGUAGCUUGCAUGGUUGGUUAGCAUGACACCACUAGAACAUAGAAUGUUUAUUCUAUACCCUGGCUCAGAAUCUGCUUUAAUAGAGGUGUUCAAUUUAUUUUUUUAUGAACAAGUUAAGAAAUUCAGGGAUUAUUUUUCUUUACUUACAAUAGAUAUAGAUUUAUAGAUCUAUCAGUUUUAUAUUUAUAUCUACUGUACUAAUUAUUUUAAUUGAGUAUAAUAGUUGUAGUUAAUGGAUAUUUUACUAUAAAAUAAAAAAGCUAUUGCUGCAAUUUCAUUAUUCAAAUUUGUUAUAUAUAUUAAUGUCCAUGAUUGAUAAUAAGAAUAAUUUUGUUAUAUUUUGUCGAAAAUGAUGUUCAUGAUUUUUCGGAAUAGUUUUUAAUGGGAAUAGGUCGGAUGUUAUAAAUGUUUGAAUUAAUAUUGUUGUUCUAAAUACCUAGAUUAUAAGUAGUUGUUGAAGUUGUUAAUUAUAGUCGUUGGUUAGAUUUGUUUGUUUUAGUAUAUGAAUAUCUAAAAUGAAUUAUGACAUCAGAUCAUGUGUUUAGUAAAACCAACCCAAACAUUAAGCAUACUAUGCCUUUUACACAACACUACUAGUAAUACAUAGUAAAAUAGUGAUAGAUUGACCAAUACAAGUAUGCAUAUUAUAUUUUGUAAAUAUUGUGAAUUAUAUAAUCCUCAGUAUCCCCAGUGGUCUUAUUCCGGGUUAAUCUAUAGGGGGACACAUUUUCAAGUUAUCUGCCCUUGAUGAUUGUGCUGUUUUUAUCGACCAAUCCCAUAAAUCGUUAUUUGCAAAGGAAGUUGGUAAAGAGAAGUAACUCUCAUUGGGUAAAAUAAGCAAAACGCAAAGGCUCCCCUUCAAGGGACAAGGUUACGAAUUAGCUAGAAGGUAACCUAAAUGAGAGAAGUCCAAAUUAUACUAAAUGCGUAUUUAUUAAUAAUAUAUUACAAUUAUUAUGUAAUAUUUUAAUGAAGACUGGACAGGUGUUUAUAUAUAUAUGUAGGUUCAAGAGUUUUAUUGAGAAUCAAAAUGCCAAGUAUCAUUUCAACAAUAAUAAACAUAACAGAAUGCAACAUUUUGGACACAGAACGAAUAGUAAUAAUAAUAAUAACAAAAGUCAAACAUAUAGAUGUUAUCUACCCUUAUAAGUUUGUAAACUGAUUUUUGAUUGGUUCGUAGACUUUAGCUACAAUCAAGGCCAGGGCAGGUAAUUUGAAAUCGUGGAAACCCUAUGGAUUAACCCAGGGUAUAGUGGAGACCACUGGGAAUACUGAGGAUGGAAUUAUAUAUACCUAUAGGUUGUUUUGUAAAUAUUGUCAAUUUUAUUUAGAAUAUAUAAUAAUGUUGUUGUAAAUGUUUGUCAAUUCUAUUAAGAAUAGAUCAUAUCAUAUAUUUUAACAUGUUAGAUUUUUUCAAAUCCCAUUUGUUUACUUGUGUAUAAAGAGAAAGAAUAUAUAUUAUGUUAAAAGAUCAUGUUAUAUGGCUAGGUUUAAGGACCAUUUUAUCAUCUUACAUGGCUAGGGUUAAAGGCCAUGUUAUUGUGUUACAUACAUAGGUUUAAAGGCCAUGUUAUUGUGUUACAUACAUAGGUUUAAAGGACAUGUUAUUAUGUUACAUGGCUUGAUUUAAUGGCCAUGUUAUCAUGUUACAUGGUUUGGUUCAAUGGCCAUGUUAUCAUGUUACAUGGCUUGAUUUAAUGGCCAUGUUAUCAUGUUACAUGGUUUGAUUUAAUGGUCAUGUUAUCGUGUUACAUUGUUUGGUUUAGUGGUCAUGUUAUCAUUUUACAUGGUUUGGUUUAAUGGCAAUGUUAUCAUGUUACAUGAGUAGGUUUAAAGGCCCAUGUGUGCUUCCCCCCCCCCCCCCCCCGAACAAAGACUUAUCUCAGAAUAAUUACAAAUACAUAUAUGGAUCUGAUAGUUUCUGUCACUCCAGACUAAUUAUCCAUUACCAUGAGACUCUCCAGUUUAUUUGGGAUUCUGUGGAUCUUUGUAUUUAUUAGAAUGAUAUUGUGUGUUCACUAUUGUAUUGUACAUUAUUGUUGUGUAUUGUUGUCACCUGUGUCCACAAGUCCGUCCGCUCGUCUGCUCAAUAGAUAAUGUUUUGGAGAGAUGCUCCACUGGCCAGAGUUUGUGACAUUUAUUUUUUAUUUUUCAAGCUUGGCAAACAGAAAUUUAGCCUAAGCCAUCAAUUCUAUUCAUAGUUACUGCUCCUGACCCUGAAAACAUAAAAGACAGUCUUCAAAGAGUUGUUGUUGGGCGUAUAUUCAUUGUCAUAGAGUAUUUAUGUAAAAAUUUAAUUUCAUAUUUGCUAGCAUUAAUCUUUUAGCUACAUGUAAUACAUUGGCUUAUAUGGUAUUUCAAAGGAAAGAUUUAUACAUCAUCAUAUAAUACAUAUAUGUAUAAUUUUUCAUAUAAAAAUUUGUAUUUUGGUAAAACCUAUCAUAUCAUAUAUAUAUAUAGAGAGAUAUUAAGCUUUGGUAUUGUUGAUAACUUGAUAUUAGAAGUAUUGAAAUCAUUUAUGAGACUUUAAAAUAAUAAUGGAUAUAUUGUUACAAAAAGUAUUUUAAUCUUGAUUUCUUCAGCCCACUUUGUCUUUGCUUCCACUGCAACAAAUAUAAGUCUUGAAAUCAUAAUAUCAUUAAUUUUGUACUGUAUGCAAUAACUAGCUGUCCACUUAAUAUAGAGUUCAUGCAGUGACUUAUUAGAAAUGUUGUCUCAAUCUACCAGCGAAUUAGUUUGGUUUAUACUAUAUAGACAUUUUAUGCUGUUUAUUUCAGAUCAGCAUUCAUUCCAGUUGGAAUAGAGAUAAAAUGGGCUGAAUGAUAAUACUAAAAGUAUAUUUUCAAGAACUUAUUUCUGUGCUUCCAUUUCUAAUUGCUCAUUUUAAUUUUAUAUUUUAUUAAUUUAUAUGUAAAGAUUUAUAUUAUGCCAAACAACCAAGCCUAGAAAUAAGGCACCAGUUACAAACAGUGUCAAGCCGAAAUCCAGGAUUUCUCUGGUGCCAUCAAUUUUGUCAGGCACUGAUUUGUCUAAAUUAUCAAUGAUUUUAAUGUUUACAAUUCAAGUCCCACACAAAUGUCAAAAUAUUAGGCACUAGUUGAUUAGUUAUGGCAUUUUAUUAGACACCACUAAAAUUAUUAUUUCCAGACCUGAAAAAUAGGGGUUGCCUCAUAUUUUAUCUGUCUUCUUUAGCCCAGGAGCAAAUUAAUAGGAUGUUAUACCCCAUUUCAUUUCAUCUAUAUUUUGUAUUCAAAAUUUUUGGACGACAACAAAAAUUAAGAUAAUUAGUAAUGAAUUUAUGAAUAUGGAAGGGAGUUAAAACUGUUUUGUGAACAAAAAGCAUAUUUGAAUUACAAAAUCUGUCUAUUUUGAUAUAAUAUACAAUUUCAUGUAGGUAUAUGUUGUUAUUAAACCUGUUGUUGAAAAUUA